AUGCUAGUGCCACCAGAUACAGAAGUUGUCUUCUGUACCGAACCAUCGAAUUGUACUACAGUUGGAAAUACAAAUAUACCAGCAGAUCAAGAAGAAAUCAAUGAUUUUGAUCUUAAAAAUUUCAAACAAAGUUAUCAUAUAAAUAGAAAAUUCUAUCUUAAUCAAUGCUCAUGUUAUAUUACAUUAACACAAUCAUUUCAUUUUAUUAUGGGUGAUGCAUCUGCUGGACCGGCUAGAACAGGAAAAAUUGAAGCAACAAAAGAUUUAGGACGAGCAUUAGGUGUAAUGGUUUAUGUAUAUAAUUGUUCUGAACAAAUGGAUUAUCAAUCCAUUGGAAAUAUUUAUAAAGGAUUAUCACCAACAGAUGCAUGA